AUGGCGUCGACGUCGACUCACGCCGUCAGUUCCGGCAACCUCGUCGAUCUUGUCUCGACAUCCCACUCAGCCACCGUGUAUCCUACCGACGACGCCAUCUUGGCCGUCCUCAACACCCGCUUCCGCUCUGAUUUACCCUACACGAGAAUAAGCACGACACAGCUCGUCGCAAUUAAUCCUUCCAAGAUUCUUUCGAAUGCAGAUGAUACCACCGCACGGGAGUAUGAAGAACGCUGUUAUAGGGAUACCAGUCUGUCGCCGCAGAGUGCCAGUGUCUUGCAGCCACAUAUAUACCAGCUUGCUACCCAGAUGUAUCUGCUCAUGCGACGGAGGAAAGAGUCUCAGUCACUGGUGAUGCGUGGGAUGACGUGUUCUGGGAAGACGUAUAACGCGCGUCUCCUAGUGAACCAAAUCCUUCGUCUCUCUGCCCAUUCCAAGAAGGAGCACAAGGUGGCGAGCCAGAUUAAAGCACUACACACCCUUCUCGAUGCAUUCGGAAACUCCAAAACUUCUCUCAAUCCAAAUGCAUCCCGACAUGGUCGCUACCUGGAACUUCACUUCAACGACCGCGGUCGAAUCGAGUCCGCAAAGGUUCUCGCCUUUGCGCUCGACAAGUCCCGUCUUACUCGGCUCACGCACGAGGAGCGCACCUAUCAUAUCUUUUAUCAAUUCCUUGCUGGCGCCGCACCCCAGGAACGCGACCAUUUUGCACUUGAGGAUCCUUCCGAUUAUACUUUGCUAGCGUCGUCAGGAUGCUACCGUCUCCCGAGUGGCCCGUUCAGUGAUGACGCCAUCGCGAUGGAAGACGUCCGCGUAGCGAUGCGCGCCCUCGGUUUCAAACCUAAAUCUCUAUCCUCCAUCUUUUCCAUAUUAUCUACCAUCCUCCUUUUGAGCAAUAUUCAGUUCGUUGAAGCAGAUGCCAAGGACGUGUCUGCUUCCGUUUCCAACAUGCCAGUCCUAGAACAAGUGGCACGCCUUUUAGGCGUCCCACCCGAGGAUCUUGCGCAGGUCCUGACUAACAAGUCAAAUUAUGUCCGCAAAGAACUGUACACCGUCCUUCUCAAUGUCGAACAGAGCAUGGCGCAGCGCGACCAUUUCAUGCGAGAUCUGUAUGCGAUCCUAUUCGCGUAUGUCGUGGAGACGGUGAAUCACAAGAUCUGUCUUAGCAGUCGGGAAACUUCUCCGACAACACAGAUCAUUGUUGUUGAUCAGCCUGGGUACCAGUCCCGGGGGCCUGCGGCUACGGGGUCCAUGAUGCUAACGGGGAAUGCACCUCUCGUGUCGGCAUACGGCCAGAAUGGAUUCGACGAAUUCUGUAUCAACUUUGCCAACGAACUCAUACAUUCAUACAUUCUUCGGCACACGUUCGAGGAUGCGGUUGGUUACAACGGACAUAUAACGGGCGACGGUGUUGCCUUGCCUUCGAUCGUGACGGUAGACAACAGUCCAUGUGUCGAGCUUCUUCGUGGUGCACAGAUUAGCGAGCAGGCGGCUCGCAAACCAGGUGGUUUGCUCGGUAUCAUGAACAAAGCGUGCUUGGCCUAUAAAUCCGGUAAGGCAGGGGAUAAACAGGUUGAAGAUAUGCUGCAGGAUUUCGUCGCCAAAUUUGGAGUCCACACGUCCUUUGUCACGAGUCCCAGCCAAGCAGGCGCUAGCGAGCGCAAUCUGUUCGGUAUCAAUCAUUACAGUGGGUCUUGUGUCUACGAUGUGACCCAUUUCAUCGAAAAGGAUGCGGACAUGCUCGAUGUUGCGCUGGUAACGCUCCUCCGGUCUUCCACGGAUCCGUUCGUGGCCAAGCUCGUUUCAGGACCAUCACUUGCUACUGAACAGCAUUCCAAGGAUGAAUCGAUCUCCGUACAGGCACAAGUGUCGUCCCGUCCGCUUCGACAGCCCACACCCAUGGCCUCAUCCGCUACCGGCGACGACCAAUCGCAGUUAGGACCCUACGAAGAUCUACCCCAGUUGCUUGCUCCGCUGGAUUGGACACGUCUCUGGGCAGUAUCUUGUAUUCGUCCCAACGAUUCAGGUUCUCCAAAUUCCUUUGACAAACGUCGGGUCAAAGCCCAAAUUCGGUCCCUUCUCAUUCCCGACAUCGUGGCACGCCGCAGCGUUGAGUAUGUCGUUGACUAUGCGCAAAACGAGUUCUGCGAGCGGUACGUCCCAACAAUGCGGGGAUCAGAUACGGAGCGAAUCCGGCAGUGUGCUGCUUCCCACGGGUGGAAAGAAGGUUCGGAGUAUGCGCUUGGGCAUCGAUCGAUUUGGCUUGCUUAUGACGCAUGGAAGACCGUCGAAGAUGGGUUGCGCGCGACUGAGAAGGAGCAGAAGAAGCAGGGCAUUGAUGGCGGUGCCCAGGAGGACGAUGAAAGUAUGGUGGCAGAUGACGGGACAGAGUAUACACAUGCGGAUGCUGCGGUUGAGAACGAGAGUCGCGAUAAUUUGCUCAUUGCACGUGUGGGGUCGCAUGGGUCGCGAUAUCAGGAUCCUAAUCAAGUUAUGUCAUAUGGAGGGUCGGGGUUACUUUCUCCCAACGUCGUUGCGCCUGCUUACACGGACGAAGGAGAUGGCUGGGGGUCGGAAUGGGGCAAGAAAGGUGCCAGUGCAGGGGCGUCGGUACCGGCUUCGAAGGAAGGCGCCGGCGGCAUCGUUAUUAGUCAUGCGCCCGCGGCGGUGGAAGAGGUGCCAACUAGUCCGCUCUCGUCGCUGGUGGUUGUUCAUCGUGUGGACUCUCACGGGUUUGAUACCUUCCUUCCAUGGCGAGAAAAGUUGACUAUUUUCGUGCUGAUCUUCAUACUCAAUGCGGUCGUCAUCUUUUAUAUCGUCGAGUUUGGGCGGUUGCUGUGUCCCGAUUACGACAAGGUGUGGGAUUCGAGCGAGGUCGCUGAACAUACUGGCGACAACGAUUGGUGGGUCUCAAUCCAAGGCUGGGUCUACGACAUGUCGAACUUUAUCCAUGGAGACCACAGCGAUAUCUCCGGUAUCGCAAGCAAUGCGCAGAGUAACCUCGAUCUACUGGUUGGACAGGACCUCACGGAUUACUUCCCUCCUCCAUUAGCGCUGGCGUGUAACGGCUUGGUCACCGAAGCAUCUCUCGAGCUGACAUAUAAGAAUUUUACGGCUACAGUCCCGACUGCGAUGCAUAAUUCCGGAGCAACCCAGUCAGCUUCGGGUACUGCGUUGGACAAUUCGGACUGGUACACGGCCACGUUUUUACCGAAGAUCAAGCAGUACAGGAAAGGCGCGCUUGUAUGGGACACGAAUGAGAUUGCCUCUCAGGCUAGUGAUCAGAACAUCCAACGGAUAUGGGCUAUUUGGGAAGGCGGUAUUUACGAUCUCACAGACUACGUCAAUACCGUGUCGAUCAACCAAGGCGCUACGGACGUCUACCAGUUUUUGAACACGGAUAUCACAGACGUCUUCAAGCAACAAGCCGGCCAGGACAUUACCUCGAGCCUCAACAAAGUCCUGGCUACGUUGGACUCGUCAACUGUGUCUUCAAACAUGAACUGUAUCCAGAACGCGUUCUACCUCGGCCAGACAGAUUUCCGGAAGACAGCACGGUGCCAAGUCCAAAACUACAUGUUGUUGGUCUUCACGAGUAUCGUUUGCGCGUCCAUCGUAUUGAAAUUCCUUUCUGCUCUUCAGCUCAGUCCUAAACGCCAUCCAGAACUGCAAGACAAGUUCGUGCUCUGUCAAAUCCCAUGUUAUACCGAAGGCGAGGACUCCCUUCGACGCACCAUCGAUUCCCUUGCAUCUAUGAACUACGACGAUAAACGCAAGCUUCUCUUUAUUAUAUGUGACGGAAACAUCAUCGGCAGCGGUAAUGACAGGACUACCCCCCGUAUCGUUCUUGACAUCCUUGGUAUUGACCCAAAGGUCGAUCCGGAGCCUCUAAUGUUCCGAUCCAUAGGAGAGGGUUCUAAGCAGCUCAAUUAUGGCAAGGUAUACUCCGGUUUGUACGAGUUCGAGGGCCAUGUUGUCCCGUAUAUGGUUGUAGUGAAAGUCGGGAAACCAACAGAGCGGUCUAAACCUGGGAACCGUGGCAAACGUGACAGUCAAAUUCUCUUGAUGCACUUCCUUAAUCGCGUCCAUUUCGAUGCUCCGAUGUCGCCAUUGGAAUUGGAGAUAUACCACCAGAUGAGAAAUGUUAUUGGGAUCGACCCCGCAUUCUACGAAUACAUAUUCACAGUUGACGCGGAUACCCAAGUAACGCCAGAUUCGCUGAACCGUUUGGUAGCGUCCGCCGCGGAUGAUUCCAGUAUUAUCGGUAUCUGCGGAGAGACGAAACUAACAAAUGAAGAAGGAUCUUGGUGGACGAUGAUUCAGGUCUACGAGUAUUAUAUAUCUCACCAUCUGUCGAAAGCGUUCGAAAGCCUUUUUGGUUCAGUCUCGUGUCUACCAGGAUGUUUCUCGCUCUACCGGAUCCGAACCGCCGACAAGGGGAGACCCAUCAUCAUCUCCAAUCGUAUCAUUGACGAGUAUGCGGAAGGCCAUAUCGAUACGCUGCACAAGAAGAAUCUGUUCUCGCUCGGUGAAGAUCGUUUCUUAACGACACUACUUCUCAAGCAUUUCCCCACUUUCAAGACCAAAUUUAUUCCCGAUGCCGUAGCUCAUACCAUGGCUCCUGAAUCAUGGCGUGUGUUGUUCUCGCAGCGACGUCGUUGGAUCAACUCGACUAUCCACAACUUGUUGGAACUCGUAGUCUUACCCGAGUUGUGUGGCUUCUGCUGUUUCUCGAUGCGAUUCUUCGUUUUCAUCGACUUGUUGGGUACCCUGAUUUUACCUGCUACAGUGGUAUAUCUAUUCUACUUGAUUAUCGUCGUCGCUACUGGGCAAGCCGCUGUCCCCAUUAUAUCCAUUAUUAUGUUGGCAGUAACGUAUGGUUUGCAAGCGUUGAUCUUUAUUAUCAAGCGAGAGUUCAUGCUUGUCGGUUGGUUGGUAGUUUAUUUACUUUCAUAUCCUGUUUAUGGCUUUUUCUUGCCUGUUUACUCGUUCUGGUGUAUGGACGACUUUUCUUGGGGUAACACUCGUGUCGUCAUCGGCGAAGGUGGUAACAAGAAGAUCCUCAUGAACGAAGAGGAACGUUUCGACGAGUCCGUGAUUCCCUUGAAGAAGUUCGGUGAGUACGAAGCCGAAACUUGGGAGCGUGGUUCCCACCGUUCAGACGAAACCGGAUAUACGAAACCCCAAUCCCAGAGGCGUUUCGUGCAGUCACGUCCAAGCUCCCCACAGUCACUCCACCAGUCGAUGGCAGGCGAUUAUUAUCGAAACACGAAUGCCAUGAACAAUUCUACCAGCAAUGUUCGUGGACCUGCUUCCCACCAGAGCCACGGGUCACGACAAGGAUCCAUGUACGACGGACGCCAGCGCACUAUCUCCCAAUUCACAACGCCGCAGUUACCUUUCAUGCCUUUCGGCGGUGGGCCGGGAUCGGUGACGGGAUCUGACCAUGGCGGAUUGAUGCAACCACAGCUAUUACCCUUCGGGUACCAACAUACUGGUAGUGUGUAUGGGAUGAUGCCGGCCGACCCACGCGCCACAAUGAUGUCUAACAUGAAUAUGCUUACGGGCUCGGGGUCGCAACCUGGCGGGUUUGGAUUAUUGCCCCCCACUCUUGGGGAUGCGCGUCCGAUGUCAACGUUCUCGAUGGCCACUUCGGUUAAUGCGUUCGCUGCGCCCAGUCUUAAUCCCAAUCCUACUGACGAAGAGCUGUACAAUGCAUUGCGGACAUACCUCAGUACCCAGGACCUGAUGACAGUCACGAAAAAAACUGCUCGAGAAGCGAUCAUGGCCAAGUUCCCUAAAGCAGAUCUGACGUCGCGCAAAGAGUUUUUGAACCAGUCCAUUGACACUAUCCUCUCUGGCCCACCGACCUCGAUAUAG